UUUAUCACCAGCCAUUUUAUGAAAGGAAAUUGCCGCUUUUUAUUCGCGGAGAUGAGCUAAAAUAUUUUGAAAAUUCGUGUUUAUAUUCUUGGACAUAGGUAGCUACAGCAACAAAAUGUCUAGCUAAUACCCCAAUCUUGAUGGAUUGAGGGUUUUUGACUACGGAUGGAUGGAAAAACACAGUGAAAUUUGUAACUAAAGUCGGGUCUUAGGAUCGCGAUAAGAAUGCAAAGCGGAAAUGAUAACGAUAAGGCACAGAAUGAGGGACAGGAUAUUCCGACAACUUCUGUUCCUAUACAGCAACUCAUCAUGUCUGGCAUAGGACCACAGGCAACUUUGCUUGGGCAUCUCCAGGGUAUUGCUACUCAGCAGGCAUCUCAGUCAACUUUACAGCUACCUGGGCAGGCAUCACCUCAGCAGGUUAUAAAUGCUGCACAGUUGAGCCAGUUGUUACGCCACCAGCUUUCACCUGGAUUUGCUACACCUGGCCAGGUUCAGCAAAACAUAACAACAUCAGGGCCCAUACAGCAGCAGAGUUUUACAUCGUCAGGUCCUGCACAGACACAUGAGUCUUCUAACAUUCAGCUUUUGAAUCAGUUACAGAGACAGCUAAGUAACCCAGGAAUUGCUCCCCCAGUGCCCCAAAUGAGCCCUCCUACUUAUCAAGCCAGCCACCAGGUGGCAGCAGCUGUAGAGUCCUGUGGGGCAACAGUCCACCAUCUUGGUCAAAACCCGUCUAGAGUCGCCAUGGUAACUACAGCAUCUUUGCCAGCACUCAGCAAUCCAGCAACACCAACAAUGAGUCUUUCUCAACAACAAUUAGCGCAAUUACAACAUAGACGAUUAAGCAGUAGUCUAAAUAGUAGCGGAAGUAGUAAUGGAACCACAAGAGUAUCUGAAAAUACUCACAGUCCGAUUGCUUCUCCUGAUAGAGCUAGAAAACGUAUCAAGCUUGAACAUAUACCACCGCCAAAUGACCACAUAGCAAAUUUCAGGAAAAUAUUUGGCGAGAAAAAACUUAAUGAGUUAUCAGAGCUUAAGGAGAACUAUAUUGAAAAUUUAACCGAAUUAUUUUUUCUUCAAAAUGGGGGCAAUUACAUGGACUAUAUAGCAUGGAAGAAACGGCCUACUCCACAGUUAAUUGCAUUUUUAAAGAGUGGUCAGCUUGAUGGUGAUGAUGAAGACAGUGUUGGCCUAGAACGACUAAUAAAUGAUGAGGUUAAAGUUGUAGUAUCCAGUGGAAGUAACAUCCCAUUGAUGACACCUGUUGCUAUAUCAACCUCCUUACCAUCCUCAGUAGCACAGAUUUCACAAGGAACAGCUGUGGCUGUUACACCUACUAUUGCCCUUCCCCAACCACCACCAUAUACAGCCAUUGUGACAACAGGGGUGACAACAGCAUCUGAGAAUUCAAAUGAGAGUCAGAUUGUGAAUGUCACGGCUUCAAUAUCUACACCUCUUACAAGUAUAUUGCAAAAUUUGAGUACAGCCACUUCCACUACCACCAGUGCAGCAGCCAGCCAGGAGUCUGCUGUGGUGCAUGCCCCCAAGGCAACUAUUUCUGCAGUAUAUGACAAAGGCCUUGGCUCUCAGGAGGCUAUAGUGGAGAGAGCUAAACAGGAGGCUCAAGUAAUGCAGCGUAUAGCUGAACUACGUAAGAAUGGUUUAUGGUCUACAAGGCGGCUCCCUAAGGUGCAGGAGCCCCCACGUAACAAGGCACACUGGGACUACCUCCUGGAAGAGAUGCAAUGGCUGGCAGCUGACUUUGCACAAGAACGCAAGUGGAAGCGCGUUGGUUGUCGUAAGAUUGCAAGUAUGGUAUCACGCUACCAUAAAGAGAGACAAAACAAAGAGAUCCGAGCAGAGAAAGAAGAAGGUUUACGUAUGAAACGUAUUGCUGGCAACCUUGCAAAACAGAUCAAAGAGUUCUGGGGCAGUAUUGAAAAGGUUGUGCAAUAUAAACAGAACAGCCGUCUAGAAGAGAAGAGGAAAAAAGCCUUAGAUUUGCAGUUAAACUUUAUAGUUGAUCAGACUGAAAAAUAUUCAUCAUGGCUCACUGAAGGCCUUGGUAGUGGACCACCUAGUGUGAAGUCAACCUCAGUACAUUCAAGCCCAUCACAUGGGGAUGAUGUUGAGUUCAGACCAACAGAGACAGCGUCUGAUGAUGAAGAAACCAUUGAGAAGGAGGAAGAACUGGACGAGACCAAUCAUGAAGAGGAGCUGGAAGCCUUGAAGAAAGAAAGUGAGGUGCCAAUAGAGGAAAUUUUAAAAAAUCUCCCAUCUGAAAUCUUAGAAAAGCCAUCAGAACAAUCUGGAGGUGAAGAAUCAGAUGACAGUGGCAAUAAAAAGAAAUCCAAGGAAGAAGACUCUGACUUUGAGGCCAGUGAUGAGAGUGACGUUGAAGAUACUAUAGAGAAGCAGGAGAAGCAUGAGAAGGCAGAUGAUCACCAGCAGGAACUGGAUGAUCUAAAUCAAGAAAGUGAAAUGUCAGUCGAAGAGUUGAGGAAAAAAUAUGCAGCAGCGUAUGAUAGUGACUUUGAGAUGCCUGAUACUCCAAGUGAAUCUGAGGAAUCUGAAGAUGAAACGGAGGAAAGCCAAGAUGAACAAUCAGAAGAUGAGGAAGAGGAGGAUGAAGUUGAUGAUGAAAAGACAGAGGAAGAACAAACAGAAGAUGUUGGCAUGGAGUAUCUUCUCACUGGAGAGAAAGAGGGAGAAAAGGGUGAUGGUGACAGUGGACCAAAUAAAGACUUCAAUGAUAUUGCAGAAUUUGCUAAAACCCUCCAACCAACUGGUUACACAUUUGAAACAACAAAUGUGAGGACUGAAGUCCCCUUCCUUCUAAAGCACACACUGAGAGAGUACCAACACAUUGGUCUGGAGUGGCUGGCCACAAUGUAUGACCGCAAACUUAAUGGAAUUCUUGCAGAUGAAAUGGGCUUAGGAAAAACUAUACAAACUAUAGCCUUGUUGGCACAUCUAGUGUGUAAACAUGGUAUUUGGGGGCCUCAUCUUAUCGUGGUGCCUACAAGUGUGAUGCUCAACUGGGAGAUGGAGCUGAAAAAAUGGUGCCCCAGUCUUAAAAUUCUCACCUACUAUGGCAAUCAAAAAGAGCGUAAACAAAAACGGCAGGGUUGGACCAAGACGAAUGCGUUCCAUGUGUGUAUUACAUCAUAUAAACUGGUUAUUCAAGAUCAUCAGUCAUUCAGGCGGAAGAAAUGGAAGUAUUUCAUUCUAGAUGAGGCCCAGAACAUCAAGAACUUCAAGUCUCAAAGAUGGCAGAUGUUGCUCAAUUUCUCGAGCCAGAGACGACUCCUGCUAACUGGCACCCCUCUACAGAACAGCCUCAUGGAGCUGUGGUCUCUCAUGCAUUUCCUGAUGCCUCAUGUGUUUGCCUCUCAUAGAGAGUUCAAGGAGUGGUUCUCUAACCCAUUAUCUAGUAUGGUUGAAGGGUCUAGGGAAUACAAUGAGUCGCUCAUCAAACGACUUCACAAGGUGCUAAGGCCAUUCUUGCUGCGACGUCUAAAAGCAGAUGUAGAAAAACAAAUGCCUAAGAAAUUUGAACAUGUUGUGAUGUGCCGUCUUUCUACCAGACAGCGUUUCCUCUAUGAUGACUUCAUGGGCCAGGGAAAAACCAAAGAAACUCUAGCUAGUGGCCACUUUAUGAGUGUAAUAAACAUACUAAUGCAGUUGAGGAAAGUAUGCAAUCAUCCAAAUCUAUUUGACCCCAGGCCCAUUGUAUCCCCCUUCCAAACUGAGGGCCUCACAUACUCUACUCCUUCCUUAGUGCUGAAGGCAUUGGAGAAAGACCCUCUUGAUGAAGUGAAUCCAUUAGACCUUCACCCAAGUCUGGCAGAUAUGGAGUUGCAGCUACCCGCCUUCAUGGCUCACAGGGUGAAGAAGCUUCAGACCCCCAGGCCUCUCAUAGAGGAGAUAGACAGUCAGCCCCCUCCCGCUCCAAGGCCCAGACCUGUUAGGUUAAAGUUCAGGAGUGCAUCCCCUGCACCUAAACCUGGUACCCCAACUGGGCGCAGUUCCCCAUUUGCUCCAAUUCAGCAACGUGCAGCAUCCCCCAUGCCUGGUAAACACCCAGUGGCCAGACAGUCACCUGGACUUAUGGUGCAGUCUCCAUCUGUAGCUAGAGGUGCAAGUCCCAGGACUGUUGUUCAACCAGCUGCAGUGAACACAACACAAGCUGAACAGUUGCCAGGUUACACUGGCCCACCUGCAAGAGCUACAUUCACACCUAAUUCUACAGGUGGUACCACGGUAACUUCAUCUCAACCAAUCACAUUGCAGAUCCAUCACACAACACAGGGUACUAGAUUCAUGAUUCCUUCAGGCCAGUUGUCACAACUACCAGCUGGUUUCCUACAGAUUGUUCAGACUUCUACUGGUCAGCAGAUUGUGUGUACUAGUACACAGGCCCAGACUGCACAGGUUCAGGCUGUACAACCCCUACAAUCAACACCCACCACAUCAUCGAGGCCAGCAGUUGUUGCCUCGAAUACAUCUUCUACUGUGGUAAAUGGUCCAAAUACUUUGACCCAAGUAACAAGUGGUGUAUCUAUAGCAACAACUUCUUCAGUGGCAUCAUCUUCUGCAGUAACCAUAGCAACCACUAGUGUCAAUGGGGAAUCAGUUACCAUGGCAGCCCCUGUGAUACCAACAGUUCGACCAGUAACUACCUCUAGGCCAGCUGUACAACUACCAACAACUCCUGUAACCUCUGACAACCAGAAACCUGUUGUUAGGGUGUCACCCAUGGUAACAACAGGGUCUGUUGCAAAAACUGUUUCCUCAAGUGAUACCACAAUUGCAAAGUCCCAGAGCAGUGGUGUGCGACCCUCUCCUUCCCCUCAGUUGACCACUAGGAGUCAUACCAAAGUACAAGCCCCAAGGGUGAAAUCUCCCCUUUAUAUGGAAUCCUUGGAAACAAGACGACUAGAGGAACGCAAGAAAAAAUUAGAUUGGAUUGCAACGAGGAAUAAACGUCAUUGCAACACACGGCCAGUAUAUGGACAAGACCUCCACAAUGCAGUAAAUGUACUUAAUGAUCUGAAGACUACUAAUCUAUUAGAGACUCACCCUGGGAGCAGGUUAACAUGGGGUGGGGUUAGCCAUGUAAACUGUCACAAUGUACAUAAUGGGCGUGGAGACAUCUGGAGAGAAACAGACAUACUAGCUCAGAUGAUCCAUACGCCAGACCAAUAUCUCAAGGAAUUGCAGGAUGUACUCAAUAGGUUUGUCUUCUGUACGCCUUCUGUGGUGGCGCCACCUAUAAGACUCCAUGCAUCCCAUCCACCUCCAUCUUUCGUCCAAUCAGAAUGCUUCAGAAAACAUGUCAUGCAUAAUGAGCUUGCCACAAGAAUGAAGAAUUACCAUAAGAUACAGUCCAACAUGAAGGUGCAGUUCCCAGAGUUGAGGCUUAUACAGUAUGACUGUGGAAAACUCCAAACUCUAGAUAUCUUACUGCGUAGACUGAAGUCAGGUCAACAUCGGGUGCUACUGUUUACACAGAUGACUAAGAUGUUAGAUGUUCUAGAACAGUUCCUCAAUUACCACGGACACAGAUACCUCAGGUUAGAUGGCACCACUAAAGUUGAGCAGCGUCAACAGCUCAUGGACAGAUUCAAUGUGGACAAACGUAUCUUUGUGUUUAUCCUCUCAACAAGGUCUGGAGGUAUAGGGGUUAACCUGACUGGUGCGGAUACUGUGAUAUUCUAUGACAGCGACUGGAAUCCUACAAUGGAUGCACAAGCCCAAGAUAGGUGUCAUAGGAUUGGUCAGACAAGGGAUGUCCAUAUAUACAGAUUGAUCAGUGAAAGGACAGUGGAGGAGAAUAUUCUGAAGAAAGCCAACCAGAAAAGACUGCUUGGAGAUGUUGCUAUUGAGGGUGGCAACUUCACCACGGCAUUCUUCAGAGAGAACACUAUAAAGGAGCUGUUUGAGGAACCAUCAGGUCUACUGAGUCUGGCUAAAGAGAAAGAGAGGCGUCAACAGACCAGGGAGGAGAGAAGGGAGGAAAGAGAGAACAAGAAGGAGAGAGCUCCUGAACAAGACUCUAAACUAACUGAGGCUCAGAUGGAACAGGCUCUAUGUAAUGCUGAGGAUGAUACAGACGUGCAAGCUGCCAAAUUGCUUAAAUCAGAACAGAAGCAGGAACUGGCAGAGUUUGAUGAGACAGUGCCCUGGGACGAACAAGAGGCUGCCCAGAUACAGGAGAAAGAGGAAGAGGACUCUAAGGUUGAACAGGAGCUGCGUAUGCUUGAGAAGGAGUUGACUCCUGUAGAACGUUAUGCUGUCAUGUUCAUGGAGAAACAGAUGGACCCUGUUACAUCAGAGGAAUUGCAGUUAGCCCAGGAACAAGUGGAGGAUGCCAAGAAGAACUGGGAGCUGAAUCGCCUGAAGACUCUUCGUGAGGAGGAGGAAAGACGCUGUGAACUCGAAGAGGAUGAAAUGUUGUUCACAUACUCUCGGGAAGAUGCCACUAACAAGGUGAACAAAAAAUCCAACAAAUCUAAUAAAAAUAUGCAAAAAGUAAAGAAAGGGACAAGUAGGAAAAGCAAGAGUGAGCCAAUUGUGGUGGAGACUGAACAGAAAUCUAAGGUUGUUACUAGUUCUGUCUCACCCACUAGGGCAUCUAGUAGGAUUAGAUUAAGCUCCAGUGGAAGUCUAAGCGCGAGUCAAUCAAGUGUGGAAUUAUCAAGCAGUAAGUCAAGUCUACGAGCUCGUAGAUGUCACGUUGUACUGGAAAAGACUCCUCCAAGUGUGCAUAGUCCACGGUUACGCUCUAGGUUAAAUUCAACAGAAUCCAACUCAAGUGGAUCAAAUCUUGGUGCAAGUGCUAGCAAAAUUGUUCUUAAUGUUCCAACUGCAAAAGCAGAUUCUGCUGUUAAAACUAAACCCCAGCCUAUUCCAAAACAAAACAAGUCCAAGUCUCAUGUCAUAAAAGAACAACCUGAGACAGUGUUGUCCACUAGUGCACCAGCUGCAAAUGAAACCACCCCAAAGGCUGCCCCUGUAUCUAAACCCACCACCCCUAAGACACUCCAGCCUAGCUCCCCUCUAGCCUGGUCUAACCCUAAUUUGGUCAUUCGAACUCGUAGAGCUCGACAAUGUGGUAAUGAAGUUCCCCAGAAUAUAGUCCCAUCAUCCCAGCCAAUCACCUCCCAGAAUGUCACUCAGGUUGGUCCUCAACGCGUCAUGAAGGUUGCCACAACCAACCAAUCAGGGGCUUCCAAUGUUGUCACCAUGGUCCCCACAACACUAAAUGUUCCAACCCUUAACCUAGCACAAAACAAAAUUCGUAUCAACCCCAUGGGGAACCUAAUGCCCAUCUCUGCUGUCACUGGUCAGCAAAUCUCCAUAUCUGGUCAAACUUUAUCAGUGGGGGGUCAGGCUAUAUCAGUGGGAGGUCAAACUUUAUCAGUGGGAGGUCAAACUUUAUC